GUACUCACACUGUGUGAAAUUGGUGUGUUGUGCCUUGAGGCUGUUAAUGCUUCAUCCAAAACAAAAGGAAUGGAAGUCUGCAUGUUUAUCUUCACAUAUAACAAUCUCAAUAUUUGAGAUUUUAACAGGACACGUUGCCACCCAAUUAACCUGUUGUAGACUAACUUUCCAUAAUUGUGUUAGAAAGAUUUCUAUAUCCUUUUCAGGAGCUCAGCCGACCUUUUCAGUGGGAAUAUGGAAGAGGAGUUCUUGGACUUUGAAGCUGCCAUUUUCAGUGAUAUUGAAGAGGAGAAGACAUGUAAGCAGAGGGUAGUGCAGCUUCUAGAUGGUCCAGCCACCCAGACCACUAUCGUGGUGACAUCGUGGCUGCUUUCACACAUCCUGCUUGUGGAGCUGUUGGUAGAUACAAGUGUCAUCCAUUUUAACCAUGACAAGAUGGUUGCAAGAAUUAUCCACUGGGUGGGCCUAGGUGUGAUCUCUGUAUUUACUAUAGAGGUACUGACAAGGGCAGUGUGUCAUCAAUGGCAGUUUUUUGACAACAAAAUUGAGGUGCUGGACUUGGCUCUUGUCAUCAUAUCCUGUGUCCCCUUGAUCGUUGUAUCUGCUGAGUUGGCAACGUCUACCGCGUGGGAUGGUUUCAGCCUCGUGAUCAUUCUGAGGAUGUGGCGAUGCUAUCGAAUAACACAAGGCUUUGUGUCUCCAGUGAGGGAUGAAGCCAGCAGGAAGGUCCAUGUCCUACUGCAGGCCCAGAGGAGGGCUAACCAGGAGCUACAAACAUUGUACCUGAUGCACGACGAGAACCAGGAAGAGAUCCACAGGUUGCGGUCCUUGUUAGAAAGGCGAGAGGCAGAGGAGAACAGUGAGAGUCAUCAGUUGCAGAUGGCCCUGGAGAGGAAGGACUCUCAGUACGUGGCACAGCUCAUCCACACCAUCGAGCAGAGACAGAGCAAGAACAAUGGAAGACAAAGAGAGGGUGGCGGAGACUCUCCCAACUCCACCAUUGUGGUGCAUGCCCACAGACUGUCGGACUCUAAUGACGUGCCGACCGGUACCAUCGCGAGUUGUAUGUCUGAGAGCACGACUGGAGACAGCGGCAUCUGCAAAGAAACCAAGCCUCAGCAACAAAUCGAUGAUGAAUUAAGCAAUCCCACAAACUCAAAUAGCGUUGCACCACUUCCAGAUUGUGGCCAACAGACACUUGCUGUGGUAGAACCUAGAGGGAAUCAUCAACUGCACAACAACAGAAAUCGAGGUUGUAACCGCAAACGUAAUCCCGCCGUGAGCAGUUGUGACACAGACCGUAUAGACGUCAUUGGGAGUGAGAUCAUUUUGCAGCACAGGAACGACAGCACAGGCAAGAAGUUCCUCAAUGGAAAGCUUCCUACGCACAAAGACAGCAGACUUCUAUUCAGAGAUAAUAAAUCCAUGUCCAGUGAUGGAAAAGCAUCUCACAACAAAAACAAAGUCUGUGAAAUAAAGAUUGACAAAGCAUUGGUCAAUGACAAUAAAGUAGUGGAUAACAAAUCUGUUUCAAAAAAGAAUACAGCUUCUCCACCGACCAACAGCAAAGUCAGAAAGGGAAAUAAGAAAACUGUCAGCAGAGAUACUUAUGUUAAUGGCACCCUCUUGCUGGAGAUGACAGAACUACAGCAGAAAGGAGAUGUCGGGUACUGCAAUGAGAUAGUCCUAGAACAAUUCUAUCAGAAUGGUAAUGCUCCAGUAACUGCACUCUAGCAAUUGUGAAACGAAAUAUUACUGGCCCGUGGACGUAGAUGUGAGGGAACUGAUGUCACUUAGAUGCCUGGGAAAAUACUGCUAAUAAUGGUAAGAGGUACACUGUACAUGUACACUAGGUUUCCAACAAAAAUGAGGACGUCCUUAGUUCAACCAUGGAUGUUCUGCAAAAAUUCAGCUGUUUUGUGAUGGAAGGUUGGAAUAGAUCCUUGUUAAUGGUCAAUUCUGUCAUAGCCUUGCUGAAAUUCCAACCACACAUAAAUAAAAGAAUAAUUCUAUGAUGACUGUAACAAAGCAUAUUAGUAGCAACCAGUGGUCUCAACUCCAGUGUUAUAAACUGAUACAAAAUUAUACAUAUACAAUAUGAUAAGCAUAGUGUUCACACAUCAAUAUGACAAAAAUGAUAUUAUUAUUGUCAGUGUUUUUUUCUGUUCACUUUCAUGCAUGUUGUAAAUGUAUGGUCACAUUGAUGCCUUGCAAAUUAUAUUUUGGGAAUAUAUUUUCAUUUUUGCAGGCACUGUGUAUUGUUCAUCAAAAUUCUUUGUGACAAUAACCACAGAAAAUGUGACUAAACUGUAAAAUGUGACUGAAAAUAUAUCAGAAAGUCCCCUCCCUACCAGGCAAAGUGCUGGUAAUUCUUUUCUGUAGAGUUUUGGUGAUUGUAGCAGUACUGUUCUUCCAUUCUGCAGUAUUCUGGUAAUAGUGCAAUUUCCUCUCUGUCUCAGUUUAAUUACCAUAGGUGUUCGCCCAAACACAGGGACAGAAAUUACUCCGACACCUACAUAUCAAACUCACAAUGGGAUUGCCAAUUUCAGCAAAAUGAUAGAUUUAACCUCAAUUUUCCCCAGCCGCACAUUCCGACUUCCAUAAUUGCAGCGAGGCUUUAACGACAAUGAAUCAAUCGUACAUAGAAAAUCUUUCAUAUUUUUCUUGUUGGCAAUGUCCCUACACACUAUUCCACAAGUUAUAAUUUCUAUAAGUGUAGUUGUCACUUUUAUGCAUUGUUUUCGCAAUGUGACAAGUUUGCAUGUAUUUCGUGUGGUUUUCAGAAAACAUAUUAAGUAUGAUAAUGUAAUGCUGCUAUGGCAAGUUCUGGACCAAACACAUAUUAGAUUUUUAUUGUUAUUUAUCUGCAAGAGCUAUAAAUCACUUGAAGACUACACCUUGAAUGCACAAGAACAAUUUGGAGUACAUGUAGUGUCUCUGGGGUUUCCAAACAGUGUACAAAAUGUAUGUAGAUUGUACACGUGUUCUAUUCAAUGUUUAGAUAAUGCUUAUAUAAGACAUGCAUUUGUUUGAAGGUAAGAUUUUUAUAUUUCCUUUUUUUUGGUCAACCGUGGACCUCUGUUGUGCAAUAUUUUUCAAAACAUUCUUGUAAUUUCCAAUUUGAAUUAACUUUUCCCUGCAAUUUUCCUGAUCCAUCCUUUGGCAUUAGGUCAGGACUUCAGCAUCAGUUCACAUUCUCAUAAGCUAUAUCUAAAGUACUGAUGACUCAGGGAAAGUUAACAAAUACAUGUACAUGGCAAAUGUACUACAUGGCUGUUGCUACAAGAUUUUCCAUGAACUUCCAGUUAUUGAAAAAGGCUGAAGUUGCACAAUGUAUAAUGAUAAACAUUGAUGCAGGGUUAUCUUGAAGUAACAGUCCUUAGAAAUUCUAAUUAUUUAAUGUAAUUGGAUUAAAACAAGAAGAAUAGUAUUGCUCAUAAAGAAACAUAUAGCACAAACAUUUUGUAUUGGUGUCAUGAUGUAUGUAAAAAUCCUUGUGUGUUGCGAGAUGAUUAGUAAAGUGUGUCUAUUAAAUUUUCCUUGAAUUCUGUUGUAAAUCUAUAGCAAAGUACUUGAGAAGCUUUCCUGUAUAUGGAACCUAGUCACUGCUGAAGGAGCUCAAACACUGCAGAUUGACAGAGUGUGUUUCCCAUCUCUGAGGACUAUUAGUAUUAAACUCAUUUUGGGGGAGGUCUGCAACUCCAUUGGACAAAAUUUUGAAGCAUUGAGCAAAACACCUGUACCUCCAUCCUGUUCACAUGACGGAGAAAUCGGGAUGUUCCAAACGAACAUGACUAGAAUACCCCAGUGUUAUUCAUUGUUUCCGUGCACACAAGACUGAGCACCGACCUACGUGUAUAAAAUACUGUGUUGUGUUUCAUGUUUACACUUUGUAUGUCAUGAAUAAAUUUCAUGCAUAGAUACUGCAUCAACUGAUAAUGAUUAUUAAUUAGCAUUAACAUGAAUUGUUCCAUUGAUCUACAUAUAAAUACAGCCAGAUUAUCAUUAGAUGGAUUGGACAACCAGGACUGUACCAGCUCCCCAAUGUUGAUCAUUUUCCCUUCCAUUUCUACAUAAUGGCAAUGACAAUUUCUGCUGAUGACAGCCACAUGGGGGGUAUAAAAUAUAACUAGCAAAAUUGCCCCACUUUACCUUGAGCUUCGCAGUUGCAAAUUACGUAGUGCCUCUCUUCUUCAGAGCUACAUUUUAUGUAUGGAAAUUACAACAAAUCAUUUUCUAUUGCUUUGGCAAUGAAUAGUAAUUUCAGAUAAAAAUUAAAGCAUAUUUAUAUCUUCCAACGCUGACAAUGACACUGAAAGGAAGAUUAGCAAGCUGUUAAAUUCAAGGUUAUGUGCUGGAAAGAGUACAUUUAGAUACUAGUAGUGAACAUGUCUUACAUUGCUUGUCAGAAGACAAUAGUAUAUUCUUGAUUGUUGUCAGUUGUAUCUUAAGGUCAAAGAAACA